AUGUAGGAAUCAUCUAAUUCUAAGACCCCGUAACUCGAGAAUGAAUCUCGUAUAUUGGAAGCUUUGCAAUACGAAGAGGGAUUUACUGCCAUUCAUUUAUACGGAUAGGGAAGAGAUCAUAACUAUAUGAUCAUUGAUAUUUUAGGCCCAUCACUUGAAGAAUUGUUUAAUUACUGCGGAAAAAGAUUUUCUCUUAAGACCUCCUGCUUGAUAAUGAUUCAAUUAAUAAAGCGUUUCACUCGUAUUCAUGCCCAUAAUUUCAUCCAUAGAGAUAUUAAGCCAGAAAAUUUUCUUCUAGGCCUCUAAAACAAAUCAGGGUUGAUACACGUAGUAGAUUAUGGGCUUUCGAAAAGAUAUUUUAGUUCGCAAACAAAUUAGCAUAUCCCGUUCCAAACAAAUAAAGGGCUAGUUGGAACUGCUCGUUAUGCAUCAAUACAUGCUCAUAUGGGAGAGGAGCUUUCUCGUAGAGAUGACAUGGAGGCUUUAGGCAAUGCACUUUUGUACUUCUUUCUCGGCUAACUGCCUUGGCAAAAUCUCUAGGGGACUACUAACUCUGAUAAGUAUCGUAAAAUUAAAUAAGUAAAAUGUGGAAUUUCACUCGACUGA